AUGGAGGUACAAGUGGGUCAGUUGAGCAAGAGGGUACCUGAGAGACCUUCCAACACUCUUCCAAGCAAUACAGAGGUAAAUCUAAGGGAAGAGUGUAAGGCCUUCACCAUGGGAAAGAAGGCCAAACCUAAGGAGGCACAUGCUACUGAGGAUCUAAAGGAAGAAAAGGCUCAAGAGGAAAAUGGAAGUACAUUAUUGCACGCCUUAGUGGUAGUGAAGGAGCCUGAAGUACAACACCCACAAAAAUUGCAAAGGGAGACAAAGGAUGAGCAGUUUACUCACUUCUUGAAAAUCUUCAAAAAAUUACAAAUCAAUAUUUCUUUUGCUGAGGUGUUGGAAAAGAUGCCUCCUAAUAUGGCCUGUUUGAAAAGUGCACUCUCUGAGAAGAAGGCCUUAAAAGGAGAUGAAACUGUGGUGCUGACCAAGGAGUGCAGUGCACUGGUGCAGAAGCAGCUACCCCAAAAGAUGCCAUCCCCUGGGAGCUUCCUAAUUCGCUGCACUAUUGGGACAAUCACAUUUGAGAAGGCACUAUGUGACCUUGGAUCAAGCAUAAACCUGAUGCCUCUCUCUAUGAUGAAGAAGCUGGGGAUCUGGUGCGUGGAAUUACACUUUGCACAACUGAACCAGCAAGUGCACUAG